UAUAACUGAGUCUGCGUGGAACCUGUUACAAGUGUGCGCGAAACAAAGCGAUAAGAAUUGCUAGUAUCCUCGGGAACCGCAGGAUGGCUCUCGCUGCCUGUCGGAACGGACAUUCUUAUCUUGGCGUUCCCUUGAGCGCAACGCUUUGUUUAUCAACCACUUGUCGCUAUCUCUUUAUCGCUCUGCCUUCCGAGCUUCUAUCACCGGUGUUCUAUCCCGAUUCAUUCCUCUUUCACCGAAGGCCGUAAUAUCUGGACUGGAGUAACGAAUACCCGCACGACAUUCAGGAACGCAAGUUGAACGAGGCCCAAGAAUUCAAGCAAACAAAGAUACAGAAUGAGGCUACCUAACGCCUUACGUUGAUGGCGAGUAGAUCGUCAGCUCACGUCAAACAUCAACACUGAAAAACGAACGCGAGACGUCUCUAACUUUGAAAUGAAAGCACAGCCCGUGCUACGCUUCGGCGCCCGCCAUCUGCACCCCCUUGGCUUCCCAGCGCUUUUUUUUGUUUCUUUCGCAAUCAUAGUGACCGUUUAUCUCUUCAUAGUCAUGGUCGACAUUGCGCCCCGCGUUUCCGUCAAGAGCAAUCUCAGCAACCUCGACACCAUCAACAAAUCAACAUUAUGGUACGAAGAAAGCGAGAACUUCAAGUCCCUGGAAGACGGCAUCACUUACAUCGUCCCAAACAUUGUUCACUUCAUAAAAUUCGGCGAUAACCCCCUGUCCUUCGUGGAAGCGGUUUGCAUCAGGGCGGCCUGGUUGCAUCAGCGGCCAGAAACACUGAUGAUUCACUGCGACCAGUGCAACAGGACCGUUCAAAGUCCCCUGUGGUACCUCAUCAAGGACAUACCUGUCCUCAAGCUCCAGACUACGGUGAGGCCGACAGAGGUCUUCGGGAUCAAGUUCAGUUACAUUCAGCACGCCUCGGACGUCGUUCGUCUUCAGGUCCUCAUGAAGUACGGAGGAAUCUACCUGGACAGCGACUCCUAUAUCGUCAAGAGUUUAGAUCCUUACCGCCGCUACAAAAUGUCUAUAGGCUGGCCUCCGGGAGCGAACGUGGGUAAUCAGGUCCUCGUGGCUCACAAGGAUACCCGCUACCUGAAGCUCUGCUACGAGUCCUACCGCGAAUACCGACCGGACCUGUGGUACUGGAACGCUGGAGUUCUCCCGACUGAGAGGUUCUUGAGCGUACAUCCCGAACUUGUGCAUAGCGUUCCUCACGACUUCGGGGUUGCCGAGAGCGACGCCCAAAUACUUUACGCCAAGUGCGACGACAGCUGGAAAAACUACUCGGCGUUCCACCUGUUCUUUAGGCACAUUGGAACGUACGUACCGCCAGAACCUAAACGGUUCGGGCCGAUCACGAUUGACACCGUGUCCAAGUACGAUAGGAACUUUGGCCAGCUGGCGCGGCUGGUGCUUUACGGUACCACGAAGUUGGGUGCCAGUGAGAUCAAGAGCAUUGAUUGGCUCUCGAGACAUCCGCCGGAGUAUUCGGAAUAUGGGUGCAAGCUACCGGCCUCCUCACCCAAACACUAAAUGGUGAUCAGCAAAACGAUAGACAUUUUGCGACUACGCGCAUACACGUGGAAUUCACUAUGACCGUGUUACUACUCCGUGACUACAUAGAGCACGCCGACUAUGAAGUUCGAAGCAAAACGUACGGCUCGUUAGGAAUUCAACAACUAACCCGUUGUUGUUUUAUUCCCGUACGUAUUAAAGUGCAAAUGUGUCUUUCAGGA